UUGAGCUAUUGGGUUUAUUUUUUUAUCAGCUAUCCACUCCCCUUCGAUCGUCACGACUGGAUCGUCGAUCGAUGUGGCCGUGAAGUGCGCUACGUGAUUGACUAUUACGAUGGCGGCCUCGUAGAUGAAGACUAUAAAUUCGCACUUCUUGAUGUUCGCCCAGCACUCGACUCUUUUACUGCGGCUUACGACCGGGCUCGCGUAGCAUGGUUGCGCUGGUCUUCUCCUCCGAAUCCGACAUCUUCAGCCUCAUCUACUUCUAUGAAUAUCACUCAUCCACACUGCCCAGUUUCAACCAUCAGUGAGAAUGUCGACUCUGCCUCCCAAAAAAAUGCUUGA